AUGCCGUCUGUAGAUGGAAGUAAAUCUGCUUCCCGACUUAAUGUGACAAUUUAUGGCAGCAACAGAGCCAAUUUCCUUUCAUCAUGGCUGUUUCUUUGGAUAUUUCAUGUAUUAAAAAUAUCAAGAAAACAUAACUUAAGGAGAGAUAACUUAUUUUUGCAAAAUUCCGAAAAAGCAAAAAUUUUAGGUGAUAAGAUAGAAGAAAAUUGGAAUGCACAAUGUAAUGAAUGUAAAAAUGAUAGUAAACCAUCAAUUCUUCGAACCCUGAUCAAAACAUUUGGAAUUUCCUAUGCAUUUUUGGGCAUAUACAAAUUAUUUGCAGCAUCGUUUUUAUUUAUUGGUUCAUACUAUUUGCUUAAUGAAUUGAUCAAGUAUAUUGAACAAGAGAAAGAUGGUAGUGGUCAAGGAACUGCGCAUGUGUAUGCGGUUGGAAUGUUUCUCUGUGCGUUAUUUAGCAGCAUAUUUGUUCACCAAUUGAUUGCUGAAUCUACAAGGAUAGGCGUACAGGUUCGUGCUGCAUUGAUGGUAUUGAUUUACCGUAAAGCAUUAAAGCUUAGUACUGUUCGUGGUAGAAUUGGCGAUAUUGUCAAUUUGGUAUCUAACGAUUGUAAUAGGAUUGCUGAGGCUUGUGUAAAUCUUCAUUUUAUUUGGAGUUCUGCAUUGGAAAUAACCGCACUCAUAAUACUGCUCAUUUUGUUUCCUAUCCAAUAUAAACUCGGAAGACUUACUUCUAGUAUAUCCAUCUCAAUAACAAGAAGCACAUCAUCUCGUAUACAUUUAAUGUCUGAAAUUUUAACAGCAAUAAAAUUGAUCAAAUUUUACGCAUGGGAGUUAUAUUUUCGUGAUCGUGUUAGUCGUGUAAGAAGACAAGAAUGGGAUCAUAUUUUAAAUGGGAUUGUUGUUAAAGUAUGGACAUACUGUGUACUGUUUGGUGCUCCUAUUUUAGCAAUGUUGGGAUGUUUAUGUGUAAGACUUUUAAUAAAUGAUGAUGAUACAGAGUUGGAUGCCCAUACUCUUUUUACAGUUUUGGCAUUAUUUUACACUGUUAGAUAUCCUUUAUUUAUGCUUCCAAUUGCUGUCAAGACUACUCUAGAAGCGGGUCCAAUAAAUGGCGAUCCCGACUUAAGAAUAUAUAUUGAUGACGCUGACUUCUAUUACGAAGGAACGUCUGAACCAGUUCUCAAAUUUUUGAGUAUGAAAGUGAGAAAAGGAGAAGUCAUUGCUAUAGUUGGUGAUGUAGGAGCUGGCAAAUCUUCAAUAUUAGCAGCCAUUCAAGGUCAAAUUAAGAAAGAAAAUGGCGUUCGCAAGGUACUUGGCUCAAUCUCUUAUGUACCACACGACGCUUGGUUGUUGAAUGCCACCUUAAAGGAAAAUAUUCUUUUUGGGGAAGAUUUUGAUUCAAAAAAAUAUCAAGAGGUUCUACAUUGUUGUGCGUUAAAUAAAGAUUUGACUUUAUUGAGCAAUAAAGAUGACACAGAAAUUGGCGAUAAAGGUGUUAAUUUAAGUCUUGGUCAACGACAAAGAGUGAGUCUGGCAAGAGCUGUUUACAGUAAUGCUGAUAUAGUUUUAUUAGAUGAUCCUUUAAGGUUUGUGAGACAAAGCCAUUAUCUUUGUAACAAAUCAACUACCGGUAUUUUAAAAUAUCUCCCCGAGUGUGAUCGAAUCAUGGUUAUGAGGGAUGGUGAAUGCUUUGAAGAGGGUACUUAUGAAGAACUUGAGAAAAAAGAUGUAAACCUUGCAUCUUUGGUUGGUGAAUAUAUGGAGAUAGAAGAUCCUGAUUUAAUUGAUGAAUUGAUUGGUGAAAUUCGAUUAGAACCAGUUUUGGAUGAAGAAAUGGAUAAUGAACCGGAAGAAUUACAAUCUGUAGUUGUCCUUAAUGCAAUGGGUCGAACAUUGACAAAUACUGAUGCGGAUGAACAAACUAUUUCUCGUAUCAUAGAAAAAAAUGCUCAUACAAUACAAAAUUCAAGCAUUAAUGAACACACAAUAUCACAAAUUAUUGAGAGAAAUAAUUUGACUGUCCUUGGUGGUGCUGGUAGAACAAGAAUGAUGGGUAAUCAGGUGAAUAGAGAAUUGAAUGUUACUGCCAAAGCUGUUGAAAGGAAUCAACUUACCAUUCACAGUAUAAAUGAACGUGAGGAUAUGUCAUUGAUGCCUGAUUCAGAAACCAAAAGAAAUGAACCGAAAAUUAGUUGGCAAUGUUGUGUAGACUAUUUUAAUAAAUCUACUGGAUUCACUUUAACAUUUUUAAUGAUCCUUUCGUUUUUUUUAAUUGCUGCAGUAAGAAUAUUCAGUGAUUGGUGGCUUAUAAAAGGAAUAAAGCACAAUUUAAAUUAUGGUGUUUUUCUUGGAGUAUAUGGAGCACUUGUGGGUAUAAUUAUUUUAGGUGUUUUUAUACGUGGCGUGUUUUUCGCUUGGGCAAUGAUGAGAAAAAGCAUGUCUUUACAUGAUCGAACAUUUAGUAGAAUUAUGCGAGCACCAAUGGCUUAUUUUGAUAUUACACCUCUUGGGAAAAUCUUAAAUGUAUUUGCAAAACAUCAAUAUCUAGUUGAUGAUGUUUUAACUGACAACUUUUUAACAGAGGAAAUAUGGGAGGCUCUUAGAGCAGUACAUUUAGAAGAUAAAGUGAAAUCCAUGCUAGGAAAAUUAGAUGCACAAGUUCUUGAGAACGGAAAAAUUUUUUCAUUAGGUCAAAGGCAAUUGUUUUGUAUAGCAAGAGCACUUUUGAAAAAAACUAAUAUUUUAGUGUUGGAUGAAGCAACUAGCGCUGUAGAUUUACACACUGAUGUUCUUAUCCAAGAAACGAUCAAAAAAAAUUUCGCUGAUCAUACUGUAUUAACAAUCGCCCAUCGAUUGAAUACAAUGGUGGAAGCCGAUAGGAUACUAUGUUUAAAUGAAGGAAGAGUUAUAGAAUUUGAUACGCCACUUAAUUUAUUAAAUAAUCAAAAUGGAUUCUUCUAUCAACUUGUAGCAUGUAGUGGGUCACAAGCAGCAGAAAAACUUAAACAAAUGACAAUACAACACGCAAAUUCAUCAAAUUCAUAUUCAACAGCUUCACAACCUUUACCAGAUACACAAAAAACUGUUAGAUCAGUGGCGGAGGAGAAAAAUAGUGACGAUGAUGAUCAUGAUAAUAAAAGUAGUAGUAAUAUAAUGAAGUAG